UAUGGCUCGUUGUUAUCAAACUUCAAACUUGUUUUGUAAAGAGUUUGCUUUUCCAAGAUUUUAAACUAAAAUAGUAAGUUUGUAGCUUAUAAACUGUAAAUAAAUUAUUUUAUAAUAUAGUUAAGUGACUUUAGUGCUAUGUGUUAAUAAAGAAUUAAUGUUUACAUCUUUAAUCAACAGACAAUGGCUAAAGUAGCACCCACAGACUAUGUAGUGGUGAAAAUGUCUGAACCCUUAACUUAAAAGAGUAUGGGUUUCAAAUGUAUCCCAGCAAGUUGGGUACAGAACACUCUACUUAAUAACUAUUUAAUUACUCGUUAUCCGUUAGAGCAAACUUGUGCGACUGAGUUACAAGUAAAAAAUAGGCAGCCAGCUUGUGCAAACUGGCCUUUUUUCUGUGCCACAAUUGUAUCUAGAGCAGAUACCUAUGAGAAAGCAACAGAAAUUAUAAGAGAUAAAGAGAAGGAGCCACUUGGAACCAUUGAUGAGCAACAGAACAAUAUGAACGGGCAGAAAAAUGAAUCACCUAAAGCAAAAAAACGUAAAAAUGCAGAAGAAAAUGAGUUACCUAACGAAAACAGUCUUCCCAAAAAACCUCGAACAUCAGCUGCACAUGCCAAAAAAACAGUGCAGAAAAAACCGGCCGUAGGCCCAAAAAAACAAAAAUCAUUUCCAAAAUCUAGUCUUUCGUUACGAAAAGGGACUCGUACUAGGACCCUUAAAGCCCUGAUCAGAUCAAACCGAUUUAAUUCUUUAGAAAAACUGAUCAAUGAAAGGGAUUCACCCUCCAAAGAAAAACCGCAAAACGGGAAAGAAAGCGAUGGUAAUUCAUCUACUGAUGACAAUGAUGAUGAUUCAUCUACUGAUGGUAGUGAUAGUAGCGAAAGUGAAUAUUUGCCAUCUUCACCUACUCAAAAUAAUAUAGAACAAGGAAUGGCUAAAACACCAGAAGCAGAAGAGCCUUCAACAAACUCAGAAAGCUCAAUGCGUGAGAAUCUUCCAACUACCUCAUCAAAAGCAAAUAAAGAAACCACUGAAAACCCGACCAAAAUAAACACAAAACAGUUACAAAAUAUUUGCAACACAAUUAUAGAAGUUAAGAGUAAAAUCAAAGCUGUGUACGAGGAGUCAAAUUUAUUAUUGAAAAAGAGCUUUGAAGGCAUUGGUCUUAAUGUUCCGGAGCUGAAUUAUAUUUCAACAUUAAUAACUGACAAUAUACAACCAACAAGUAGUAAAAUACCACCGUCAUUUCAAAGUUUAGGAUCUCCUAAUGGACUACUAUUGACACCAUCUGACAAGUCUUGUUCAGAAACUACACAGAAAGAAGGACUUUCAUCAGAAGAUCAAUCAACAUCAGAAGGGCCAUCAACGUCAGAAGGAACAUCAAACCCUUCAUCUUCAAAUCAAAAGGCAGACACAAAAUGGACUCUCCGACACCAAGGACCAGGCAUAGGAUUAAUAGAACUAAUGCCUUAUACUGGAGUUUAUGUAUUAGAAGCUGAACUAAAGAACUGCGAAACUAUGAUGUCAGAUAUGAAAAAAUUCGCUCGAGCACUGUUACCUAUAAUUUUUACAAAGGAAGCUUUGGAUACCUGCACUUUUACUGGUAACAAGCCCAAGACGAAAUACCCAGAAAAUUUUGAAGUGAGACCCGGUCUUGAUGAAAAUGCAAGAAAGACUUUGGUGACUUAUGUAAGGGAACGCGGCAUUGAGAAGGGUUGGACUCAGGAAAGUCCAGUAGUGAUUGUUACAAGUUUGAAAAAUAAAUUGCAAGUCCAGAAGUAUAGGGUUAAUCUUAAGAAAGAAUCGAAUACUAAGUAAUAUUUUUAUAACAAAAAUACAAUCUAGUUAUUUUCAUAUUUUAAGAUAUGGUUGUCAAAAUAUGUAAUAAUGUUUUGCUCAUGCAAUCCCUCUCUAGCUACUUAAUAAGAAACUAUUUUAAAUAGGUAUAAGAUACUUAUAUUGUUAAUAAAAAUAUUUUUAUUACUGUGCAUGGCAUAAUUUUUUAAAACUUUUAUAUAUAUAAUAAUCAAGUCUUAGUUUUUAAAUUAUAUAGGGUCCCUAUGUUAUGUUAUAUUUUUGGUAGGAAUAUAUCUUUUAUAUUGUUAGAAACAUGUACAUCACAUUUAAUGUGCCAUUUUUACUGUUUGUUCAUAGUUUAGAAUAAUUAUAAUAAAGAAAUUCAGAUACUGAAAAAAA